AAGAACAAAGAUUUGGGCAAGAUCACCACACUCUUCGUUACUGGGGAUGUUGAUACAAAGAGUAGGGAUACGAUGAAUAGACUGGAGAGUUUAGGGGCUCAUUUAGUCGAAAGACGGAUGACGAGAGAUGAUAUUCUGGCAGUGGGCCAGCGAGAAAAGAGGAGAUUAUACUGCUGUACAGGGCCGGACCUGAUGAAAGCGCUGCUGGAGUGGACCAAAGGGGAGGAUGUGGUGUUUGAGAGCUUUGAGUAUUAGAUAAAAUGCGUACAUUGUAGAAGAGGGUUAGCGGGGAGAAAAGAACACC